ACACAGACCAAAGAGUAUGUAAUCACUACGUCUAUAAAGCGAAGCUCGGUGAAGGAAGCGAAAAGUAUUCAAGAGCUCAAAUAUCUGAUUCAUUUGAUUCAAUUCUGUUAAAUUAUCACACUAGCUUGAAGUUAAUCUGGAGUUCUGCGUUACCUCGAUUGUAGCUUCUCUUUAGCUACAAACAAAACAUGGAUGAUGAAGCUAGUUCUGAUUUACAGAAGUGUUUAUCAGAGGGGCCGAUGGAUACUGAUGAAGGACCAUUGAUUAACGAAAAUUCGAAUGGAUUGUCUCAUCUGUUGACGGACGGUGAAUUUAAUAGUGUUGACGCUGCGGUUGACGAGUCGUCUACAUCGAACCAAGCUUUCCUUAACGCAGUGGAACUGUCUACUGGCAGUGUCGGUGACUACUUAGACAACAAUACUGAAGGGUUCAAUACCGAUUCCUUUGACGUUGGCGACAAUGCCGUCAACUUUCCCAGUGACUCGUUGAACAACGUGCUGUCCGACGGAGAUUCACGUUUAAGUGCCACAUACAGAAUGAAUGAAGUGGAUCUAGAAAUCCCAGAGACACAGAAGAUUGAUGCAGAAGUUGGAAGCGAGCAAGAAAAUACCACAGAAGCUGCAAGUGAUACGGCAGAUAUGUUAAAGCAAAAUAAUGGGAGUGCUGAGAUUGCUCAGGAAAACAGUGAGGAUGCAAUAAAUGAAGACAUUAUUGAGAAAACAGGUGUUGCGGAAAGUGAAGAUGCACAGGCAAUAGAUGAAGAAGAAGCAGUUCUUGAUAAAGAUGAAACACAAGAUAAUGACGAGAAUAGCACUAGUGAGAAUAAUGACACCAAACCUGAUAAUACUGCAACAGAUGAGAAAAGUGCAAAUGAUGAGGAACUUGAGUUGCAAAAAAGUACACUCAAUGAAAAUACAGAAGGUAAAGAAAAUACAGAAGUCAGUGAAAAUGCUGAAGACAAAAAUAUUGCUGCAGAAAAAGAAACUUCAGAAGUCAGAGACAAUACAGAAGUUAGUAAAAUGGAAGAAAACAUUGAUUCAGAAGUCAAGACAAAUACUGAGAAAAAGGUGAAGCAACCUGAAAAGAUGGAAACUGAUGACAAGUCUGAAGAAGUUGAGAAAAAAGAGGUUGGUGGGGCUGAAGAAACAGAAGUGGUAUCUGAAGAUGAGUUGCCUGCAGUACAAAAGCCAAGUGUGAAGGAUGCUGAGAAUGUCUCUGACGAUGAGCUACCCGGCCCCAAACCUGCUGAACUACCAGCUGAUACUGAGGUUGUGUCAGAAGAUGAAUUGCCAGCAUCUAAAAAAGAGUCUCGAAAACGAAAACCAAAUGAAGCGAGAGAUGGCUAUGAUCCCGGGUCACCAACAUCUGAGAGUGAAUCUGCUGGCAAGAAACAAGCAGUUGCUAAGAAUGGUGAAAGCAAGCCAGUGCCGGCCGAAAAGCGAUCAUCAGUGGAUGACAAACCUAAAAAGAAAACGCUUCCAGAGCUGGACAAGUACUGGAAAGUUGUCAAUGACGAUCCAACAGAUUUCACUGGAUGGACUUAUUUACUGCAGUAUGUCGACCAAGAGAGCGACGUGGAGGCGGCGCGCGAAGCCUACGACGCGUUCCUGUCGCACUACCCGUACUGCUACGGCUACUGGCGCAAGUACGCCGACUACGAGAAACGUAAAGGAAGUAAAAAGAAGUGCCUCGAGGUGUUGGAAAGAGGACUCAAAGCUAUCCCCCUAUCGGUGGACCUUUGGAUACAUUAUCUCAAUCACGUUAAGUCCACGAAAACUGAUGACCAUGCCUUCAUCAGAUCCCAGUAUGAGAGGGCAAUAGAGGCUUGCGGGCUGGAGUUCCGCUCGGACCGGCUGUGGGAGUCGUACAUCAAGUGGGAGGCGGAGAACGGCUCGGCGCUGCACGUCACCAACAUCUACGACCGCCUGCUGGCCACGCCCACCCUGGGGUACACCUCACACUUUGACAAUUUCCAAGAGCACGUGAUGUCGGAGCCGGUGUCGGGCGUGGUGGGGCGCGCGGAGCUGGUGCGCCUGCGCGAGGAGGUGCGCGACACGGCGCCCGCGCAGCCGCCGCUCGACCUGCCGCCCGGCGAGGACGAACCACUGGAUCAUAUUGCUUCAGAAGAAGAAGCGCAGUCAAUCAAAGAACGCAUCAUAGCAGCUCGCAGGAAAGUGCACAAGGCGACUGGCGAGGAAGUCGCCGCGCGGUGGACUUACGAAGAAGGGAUUAAACGGCCCUACUUUCACGUGAAGCCGCUGGAGCGCUGCCAGCUGAAGAACUGGAAGGCUUACUUGGAGUGGGAGAAACAACAUGGUUCAUUGAAGCGCGCUCUAGUGCUGCACGAGCGGUGCCUCAUUGCCUGCGCGCUUUACGAGGAAUUCUGGAUGCGGCUGAUAAAGUUCCUCGAGGAGCGUUCAGCCACCAACCCGGAGCUGGUGGCAAUAGAAAGGGAGGUGUUGGAGCGAGCUUGCACGGUGCACCACCUCGACAAGCCGGAAUUACAUUUGCACUGGGCGCACUUCGAGGAGGCGCAGGGCAACCUGUCCAAGGCGGCGGACAUACUCGACCGCAUCGAGAAGACGUGUCCGCACCUCGUGCAGAUACAGUACAGACGGAUUAAUCUCGAACGUCGUCGGGGAGACUACGAAAAGUGCAUCCAGUUAUACGAGAAUUACAUAUCCACCGCUAAGAGCAAGGCUGUCGCGUCCGCGCUCGCGGUCAAGUACGCGCGCUUCCUGUUCCACGUGAAGCAGGACCCGCCCGCGGCGAGGAAGGCCCUCGACGAUGCCAUCACUAAAGACCCUCUCAACUCGCGGCUGCAUAUGCAGCGGCUCGACUUGGCCCUGCAUACGCCUGGCACGCCAUACGAACAGCUGGAAGAGCUGGUGAUGAGCUACGAGCGGCAGGAGGGCGCGGAGGCGGAGACGAGCGCUGCCAUGGCGUGGCGGCGCCGCGAGCUGGCGGACGAGCUGGGCAGCGCGGCGGCCGCGCGCGCCGCGCACCUGCACGCGCGCGCGCUGCACAAGCACCUGCGCAAGCGCGCGCGCGCCGCCAAGCACGACGCGCCGCCGCACCACGCGCCGAUAGCAGACGCGGCGGUCAAAAAGAAGGAGAGUUGUGUGACCACACCCGUGACGACGACCAGCGCGAGCACUUACUACCAGACGCCGGCCGCGACCGCGCAGCAGUCGCAGUACGACCAGUCGUACGCGCAGCAGCAGUACCAGCAGCCGCCCUGGGGCUACCAGCAGCCGCCCGGCCCCUACCCGCACCACCCGCACCCCUGGCCGCAGUACCCCAACUACUACUAGACACUACGUGCAGUACACGGCACUUAACUUCACUCAAAGUGCCGUACGCUCGCACUUUCCACUUCAAAGACUCGAAUUCACGUUAACUGUGCGUAAAUCUGUCAGGAUCAGUUGCAUAAUUAUCAGUGUGUAUAACGAAGUAAAAUGGACCUUAAGUUCCUUGAAUUAUAGUAUAAAAUUCAGUACCACCGAUUUUGAUUUCACAAGGUUUCUGCAUGGAGCGCUGGCUACAGAUGUAUGGACGAACUUGAGUUUUGGAACAAGGCAAUGAAGGUCCAUUUUACUCUAAUGUUGAAGUGUUUCGACCCUCAAAUUCUACUAACGUGAUUCUCAUAAGCAUACUGGCGGUAAAUACUUGAUGCUUAGAACUGCAGUUUUUACUUCUGUGACGUGAACUUUAAUGCUUUAUUAAUGGUACGAUUUUUCGAUAUUGAAAAGUCAGUACUAUCUGCGUCCUUGUAUGACGAUGUUGUACACGAUAUCUAGCUGUCUAUGGUAAGAAUUAAAGACGGCAUAACGUGAUGAUCCCAACUGUGGCCCGUAUACGGUCGAUGUAGUUUAUGAACUGUGCUUGAUUUUCUGUAGUUUUAUCAUAAAGUGUCUCAAUUAAUACGUAGACUUUAUUUUCCUAUUUUGUAAUUUGGAGGAUCUAGAAAACCAAGCGGUGAAAGGUUAUGUAUAAAAUUCAAAUUUGACUGCUAAGUUAACUAAGGAAAUAAAAGCGACUAAGAUUUUAAAAUUUGACUAAACGUUAUUCUCUAACAGUUUCAUUAUAAAAACUAGACUAAGAUUUUCCAAGUUUGAUGAAAAUAAUUAGUUACAACUUAGAAUAUUAUGAAUAGGAACGACUAAAAUAAUAGAAGUAAUCUUUAUUAAUCAGUGCAUGAGUUUUAGAAUUUUUCUAGUUAAGAAUUUCUUUUGAAUCUGAUUUUGAAUACAGCUUUAGGGUCAAUUUACAUUAGCAGCGAAUCGUAGCGAAUUUCUAAAAUUUAACACAGCAUAUUGACCUCUAUCUCCACAUGAAGUACCAAUUUCAACCGAGAACUAAUAAAAUGAAAUAAAAUUCGCGCAAAUUUUUCAUCUGGGCAAGAAGUUUGUUUUGUGAUGGAGAUAGAAGUCAAUAGUCUGUGUCAAAUCUUAGAAAUUAGCUUCGCUUAGCUGUUAGUAUAAAUUGAAACUAAAGAUUUUUUCUUUAUUGGGUAACGCCACUGUUCACGCCAGUUAGGUCUAACAUCUAACAAAUUGUCGAGGCUUCGACGUCAUUGGCAGGCGUCAAACGUUAGUCAUUUGACGCAGGUAGCCCUAUUUUUCUAUGAUUUCACGUCACUAUAGCCUAAUAUUUGUCAUUACGUCGAUCAGAUCAACCGAGUUUCCUCACUCUAGUUCACUCUGGUAACGAAAUAGGUUUUUAAACAUGACGACUAUCAUGCAAUCUGCCUUAAGUAGAAGUAAGGGGUAUUUUAAUACAGUUUUCCUUGAAUAAUAAUAAUAGAUGAAAUAAUAAUAAUUAAUGAUUAUUAUUAAUUAAGAAAAGCAUAAAGUACAGAAGGAUACUUUGAUUUUUAAUGAAACCUACUAUAAUAAAUUAAUAAACAUUUUAAUUUUUUACAAUGAGUUGUAAAAAGAUGUAUUUAAGUUAUGGCAAAAUGAUUUUCCUAAUUUGCGAAUCACACGAGCUAUUUAAUUAAGGUCACGUGUUUAUAAAUAAAAUAAAAAAACUAUA